GUUAGCUUUAUUCACCAGAUCAUAUUAUCUUCUUUUUCCAAUAAUUUGAACUGCGCAGGUCUCAGACUCACUUGUGUAUGGAAAUUCUACAUGUCUUUUCCUUCGUCUCCUUGUUUAUGCUUGUCCCCAGAACCUCCAUUUUCUUUUCCUUAUCGAAUUCAAUUCACCUAAUUAUAUGGGUGUGUGGAAGACAAAAAUGGAGAGAAACUGAAACUGGGAAUAUAUGGAGCACUCCCAUAAAAGUCGUGAAUUUUGGGUAUGAGCUUGAUCUCAUAGUCCAUCAGGGAAAGAGGUCAGAAAACUGCCAUUGAAAUUCUCGACAAAGAGACAAAAGAGUCAGAGAGCCCCCCAAGACACACAGGCUGCCCAAUGCCUCACUCUCAUCUCAGCACUUUAGCAGUUUGGUACUUUGGGUAUGAUGGAACCGAUGGAGUCAUGUGUCCCACCGGGCUUUCGGUUCCACCCAACAGAUGAAGAGCUUGUUGGUUAUUAUCUGAGGAAGAAAGUCGCCUCCCAGAAGAUAGAUCUUGACGUUAUCAGAGAGAUCGAUCUAUAUCGCAUUGAGCCAUGGGAUCUGCAAGACAGAUGCAGGAUCGGGUAUGAGGAACAGAACGAAUGGUAUUUCUUCAGCCACAAAGAUAAGAAGUAUCCGACGGGGACGAGGACGAACAGAGCAACCGUGGCGGGGUUCUGGAAGGCGACUGGAAGAGAUAAGGCAGUGUACGACAAGACCAAGCUCAUCGGAAUGAGGAAGACCCUUGUUUUCUACAAAGGAAGAGCCCCUAACGGACAGAAAACUGACUGGAUCAUGCAUGAGUAUAGGCUCGAAUCUGAUGAAAAUGCACCCCCUCAGGAAGAAGGAUGGGUGGUAUGCAGAGCAUUCAAAAAGAAAAACAAUGGGCAAACGAAGACAAUAGAAGGAUGGGAUUCAGGUUACUUUUAUGAGGAGACAAGUGGAGUCGACUACGCAUCAAGGCAGGCCCAGAGUUUCUUAGCUCCAAGUUUCCUGUGUAAGAAGGAGACAGAAGCAGAUAAUAACUUGAACUUCAUGCACUCAGAUCAGUUCGUACAGCUUCCUCAGCUAGAAAGUCCAUCUCUGCCACUAAUGAAGAGGCCAAGCUCAGCACUGGUGUCUUUCAUAUCACACAAUAGUGACAACAAUCAUAACAAGAACGAAGAAGACGACCAGAACAGGCUGGUCAACAACAACGAAAACACGACCCAAAGGGUGACUGAUUGGAGGGCUCUUGACAAAUUUGUGGCUUCUCAAUUGAGUCAAGAUCAAGAGAGGCACGAGAGUAGUGAUAAUCAUGGAAUGUCAGGCUUUGAAACCCACGAGGCAUUGCUCUUAUUGCAGAGUAGUAGCGAUGAAGGCAACAAGUUCAGCCCAUUUUUAAAUGGAAGCUCAGACUGUGACAUUGGGAUAUGCGUGUUUGAGAAAUGAACAAUUAAAGAAGGGGAAGAGAAGGAGAGGUUCUUAUUGGGACGCACGUAGUAACUAUAUAAAAAUGUUAAUUAAUUUGAUGUGAGUGCGUGAGACAUAUAUUUUUGUGGAAAUAUUCUCCUUUGAAUUGAUGAGGUGCAUGCCCCCAAGGCGACUCUAGAAUCUAGAUAUAGUUUCUCAUAUUUAAA